AUGCUAAAUUUGUGUAUAAAAAGAGGAAUUAAAGGAUUGUUAAAUGAAAAUGUGUACAAAUUUAGUCGAAGUUGCAGAUUUUUACAUCUUGGUGGCUUGCGGACAGCAUUAUUUAACUAUCUGUUUGCGAAAGCACAUAAUGGGAAGUUCAUUUUGCGAAUAGAAGAUACAGAUCAAAAUAGACUCGUCGAUGGAGCUGUUGAACAAAUGAUUGAGGAUUUGGAAUGGUCAGGCAUGAAGGCAGAUGAAGGACCAUUUUAUGGUGGAGAUUUCGGACCUUACAUCCAAAGUCAGAGACUUGACGUUUACCAAAAAUACAUUAAACAGCUUCUUGAAAGUGGACAUGCUUAUCACUGCUUUUGUACCGAACGAAGAUUAGAAUUACUGAGAAAGGAAGCGAUAAAGACAAGACAAAUUCCAAAAUAUGAUAACAGAUGCAGGCAUCUCACGCCGGUUCAAAUAGCCGAAAAAAUCGCAAGAGGGGAUCAAUAUUGCAUCAGAUUUAAGUUGAAUGAUACGGGAGAAGCAUACAAUGACUUGGUUUAUGGAAAUUUCGUAUAUUAUGUAGCACAAAAUGAAGGAGAUCCUGUUAUCCUCAAAGCUGACGGAUUUCCUACUUACCAUUUCGCUAAUGUCGUCGAUGAUCACUUAAUGGAAGUAACGCACGUUUUGAGAGGUGUUGAAUGGCAAAUUUCAACACCAAAACACUUAAUGUUAUAUAGAGCCUUUAAUUGGACACCUCCGUCAUUUGCACACUUACCAUUAAUAAUGAAUGCUGACGGAAGUAAGCUUAGUAAACGACAAAAUGACAUAAAGCUACAAUAUUAUCGAGAACGUGGAAUAUUUCCAGAAGCACUAAUUAAUUACAUCACACAAGCUGGUGGAGGUUUUAAUCGUGAUCCAAAUGAGCGUUUAUACUGUUAUAAUAAGAACGAAUUGACUGAGAAAUUUGAUAUCGAACGAAUUAAUUCAAAUUCAACGCGAUUAAAUCCUGAACUUUUAAAGGAUCUCAAUAGACUUGAAUUAAUUAAUAAACUUGACAAUAUUGAGAACCGUAAUGUACUUAUUCAGCAAGUACGUAAAUUAAUUAAAGAAAAAUAUCCAUUGAAUGCCGAGGAAUUAGAUUUGGACGAUGAGCAUAUUUAUAAUGUAUUAAAAUGGUCCACAAAGCGCAUAAGUAGUAUCAAUGAAUUAGCAGAAGAGAAUUUGUCGUUUUUAUGGGUGUUACCGAAAUUAACUAAAGAUAAGGAAGUCGAGAUAAACGAAGAAAUCAUUGAUUCACUAGUCGAGGAACUUAAGGAUGAAAACUUUAGUAAAACAAAUCUUCAGACUAUCUUGAAGGAAUUUUCAGGCGAGAAACAGUUGAUUUUUGCAAAUUUCAUGAAAAACCUUCGAAAAAUGCUCAGUGGAUUAAAGGAAGGUCCAGGUGUUGCUGAAAUGAUGGAGAUUUUAGGCAAAGAAAGCACAUUAGAGAGAAUUAUACGCUUGAAAAGAAAGAAGCAAUGA